UCUCUCUCUCGAUCGAGUCUCUCUCUCUCGAUCGAGUCAUAUAUGCAUAUCUGCAUCUCUACAUCUCUCUUCAUCCACAUCAAACCCUAGCAUUUCCUUCCCUAUUUUCUCUUCGAAUCCCUAGUUUUUUGUUCAUAUCCAGCGUACGCCCUAACAAUUUGUCGAAUACUCCAAAGUGGUAUCGGACCUCUAUUUCACCUGAAUUUCUCUGAAUAUUUCUUGCGGAGAUACGAGUAUAAUCUCUCUUUGAUUUUAGUCUCUGAAACCUUUAUCAAGUUUGAAGACAAUUUUCAUUUGGUUUGAACGAAAUUUCAUUUAUUGAUCUCUGUUCAUUUACGUCCCUGUGGUGUUUUUGUGGAUUGGGUGAGAAAAUGGUAGGAGGUGGGAACAGGAGAGACGAAGUGAUCAAAAAUACCAACGUGUUCGCUGCGCUCGAGAGUCUAAGGAAGAAGAAGAAGUCCGAUAAAGAAAAGGGGUCGUCGAAGAGUAGCAAGGGGUCUUCGAAGGCUGAGCCGGCGCCGCAAGUGUUCUGGGCACCAACGCCGCUGGCGGUGAAAUCCUGGGCCGAUGUGGAUGAAGACGAUGACGAUGACUACUAUGCCACCACGGCUCCGCCUCAGUCUGUUUGGGGUUUGUCGCAAUCUGAGCAGGCCCAGGAGAAGCCAGCCCCUGUAGAGGAAAGUGAAAGUGAAGAAGAUCUUCUUGAUGAAGGUGAUGACGAUGUAGAGGAAGAGCAUGAUGAUGAACCAGAGGCUCCAGAACAACCUGAGCCAGUAGUGAAGAAGCCUGUUGAAGUUUCUAAUGCACCUAAAGAGACAGAAAGACAGCUUUCAAAGAAAGAAAGAAAGAAAAAGGAGCUUGCAGAACUGGAUGCCAUUUUGGCUAAUUUUGGAGUCUCCCAGAAAGAUACCAGUGCUGAAGAUGAAUCAUCUGGUGCUGCAAAAGAGAAGAAAGGAGGACAGCCAAUUGGAGAUGCAGAAAGGAAGGAAGAUGCUCCUGCAGAGUCCAAAAGUGCUAAGAAGAAGAAGAAGAAGGAUAAAUCUUCCAAGGAGGCAAAAGAACCCCAGGAUCCGGCCAACGGUACUGAUGUCACCAAUGGACCAGAAGAAACAGCUGGAACUGAGCGGGGGGAAGAAGACGCGUCUGCAGUUGACGUCAAAGAGCGGCUAAAGAAGAUGGCAUCUGGCAAGAAGAAAAAAACCAAUAAGGAGUUGGAUGCUGCUGCCAGAGCUGCCGCUGUAGAGGCUGCCACAAGGAAUGCUAGACUUGCUGCAGCAAAGAAGAAAGAGAAGAGCCAUUACAACCAGCAGCCUACGCGGUAAGAGUCUAGUGUUCAAUUGAACAAUCAGAGCAUAUAUCUUAGUGUUCAAUUGCUUGUGCAAAAUAAACUGCUGGCUUGGGCUCUGGUUUCAUGAGAUUUAAGAUGUGUAGUUUUGCCGCAGGAAAAUUUCUUCUUUAGGCUAUCUAGAUCUUGUUGCCCCCCUAUUAUGAUGUGGCCUUCUUUUUCCAGGCAGUUUUGCUCAUUGAAGAGUUCGAUAUCUAAUGGUUCAUGAACUUGAUCUCAAUCUCAUAGUAUCAUGUAGCAGUACUCUCUCUGCCAUGAAUUGCAACUUUUGUUAUCCAUGUUUCAACUUGAACAUUAGCCUUGUAUAGGAAGAAGUGGUUUUUAAUCCAGAAAAAUGAAGAUCGUCUGGCUACUGUUGAG